UUUCUCCUAUAGUUGCACAGGUGACAUGCUGGUAGAAAUUCUGUUCAACGGAUGAUGAUGAUGAUGAUGAUGAGUAUUUAUGAAUUAUGUUACUGAUUAGGCCUAAACCUUUUUGAUCCAACUGAACAUACCACCUCUGCACCAGAUACUUUUAAUGCAAUCUUGCAACCAUAACCAUCGUCAGCUGUAGGCCUACUACAUCCCUCUCUAGUCAUCAUUUACUCCCUCCAAAAGUUAACAUAGGACAAAUGAGCUGGCACGUGUCAGUCAACAAAGCAUUGAUUCACUAUUGGUCCGCCAGCGAGGAAGGGGCAGAGAGCACCCUCCCCCAGCCAGAUGUGCGCAAGCAUCUAUCUAUCUCCAGUCGGCACCUCUGGCUUCAGAUGAGCCUCCUGCAGGCAGGCACACGGACAGCCAGAGGAAUACCACAGCUGUGCCUCUGCCUCUGACUCUACCGCGCUGCAGACGCGCGUCCCCACUGUCUACGCUGAGCCUGUGCAGCAGCGGCAGCAUUCACUCUGCUACCGCCCUGCUUGUUGUAUUUCGUCGCUCCCAGAAAGAGAAACCCGUCUGUACCCCACUCAUACAGGCGGACCUGUUCACAUUUUCACUGUGGAUUUUACAUCUUUACAGGAGACUGUGGAUUGGAACUAAUUAUUGCGCGUAUUGGAUACAUUUGAGCGGAAUCACUGUUAGGUUAUUGUUUUUCAAGGUUGGAGACCGUAUGCUAUAUUGAUAUCUAAUCUGCGUGAUAUUGGUUAAUGAUUGAGAAGCACGCGGAGGGGCGUGGAAUUCAUUGACUUCGAUUUUGUCUCCUUGUGUGUAAAACAACCGAGAUAUUUUCUCCCCACUCCUCCCUUCCCUCACCUUCAGCAUGACUUCUCUGUCUGGGACCAAAGAGAGGUCUGUGACCAGCAGGAGCAGAAAAUACGGGAUUACCGACACCUCUCCGACAAAAUCAGCCUCCUUCUCCCCGGAGACAUGGUACAGAAAGGCCUAUGAGGAGUCCCGGACCAGCAGCAGACCCGCUCCAGAGGGAGUUGGCUCCAUGCCUAGCUCCACAGGCACCCCCUCCCCAGGAUCUGGCACCUCUUCCCCGGGCUCUUUCUCUGGUUCCCCCGGGACCAUAUCCCCAGGGAUCGGGACCUGUUCUCCCGGGUCUCUGGGUGGAUCGCCAGGUUUCGGUACAGGUUCGCCCGGCUCUGGCAGCGGGAGUUCCCCUGGUUCUGAGAGAGAGAGGGGGAUAUGGUGUGAGAACUGCAACGCCCGGCUGACAGAGCUGAAGAGGCAGGCGCUGAAGCUGCUGAUUCCCGGCCCCUACUCCAGCAAGGAUCCUUCCUUCUCCCUCCUCCUCCACGACAAGCUCCAGGUGCCCAACAGCUCGCGGCGGGCGUGGAACGAGCGUGACAGUCGCUGUGACGUGUGUUCCACUCAUCUGACCCAGCUGAAACAGGAAGCAGUCCACAUGGUGCUGACCUUGGACCAGUGGGACCUGUCCCCCAGCUCGCCCCCCACCCUGCCCAGCCGCAGUGGCCUUCCCCAGGGCCCCACAGCACCACGGGACUGGGCCUACCUCCUCCCAGCCUCAGCAGCCUACCCCCAUCCACACCCACACCACCCUACCAUGCCUCCGUCCUCCUCUAGUGCAUCAUCCUCAAGCCCCAGCCACACUGCCUCCAACCCCUGCCAAGGUGCAGCAUCUGUGGGGCAAACCUCUGCCCAGGCAGCCUCUUCAGCUCUAGCCCCAGCCUCCUCAUCGCCAGCUCCAUCCUCUGUGCAUCAGGGAGGAUACCCCUGCCAUGGGUCCAAGCCCAGCUCCCUAGGGGUCGGCUUGGGGGUUGAGAGGAGGAGCGUCUCUCCGGCACACAGCAGUAAAGCCAGCGGUGCCCAGCCGCCCCACAGCCCCAGUAAUAACGGUUCUGGUAGCAGAGCGUUACUGAGCACGGCUGCCCUGCAGGCUCACCAGUACAUGUCUCGCAGCAAUGGAGGAGGAGUCACACUCUACCCCUACCAGAUCUCGCAGAUGAUAUCAGAGGGGUGUAGAGAGGGUCUGACGGAGGAGGCUCUGAACCACUACAAUGCUGAUCUCCCCGCCCCCUCACCCUCCCAGGUCCCUCCCACUUUGCAGGUUACCACGGCAACCCCAACCACCACCUCUGCCGCUGCAUCGUUCUUCGCCAGAGCUGCCCAGAAGUUGAACCUGUCUUCUAAGAAGAAGAAGCAGUGCCCAGCGCCCCCCCCAGUGGUGUGUGACCCCCCUCUGUUCCCCACCAACUUCAGUGGGACCCUGCAGACCACCCCUCCCCCUGCCCCCCCCUGCCUGCUACGGGCUGCCAGCAAGAUCAAAGACACCCCCGGACUGGGCAAGGUGAAGGUGAUGGUUCGUGUGUGUCCUGUGACUUCCUCAGACGCAGCAGAGUCCAGCUCCUUCCUCAAAGUGGACACCAGGAAGAAGCAAGUGACCAUCAUGGAGCCCUCAGCCAACCAGACAAAUGGGAACACCCCCCAGAAACGAGGAGGAGCCAAUCAGGUCCCGCCUAAGAUGUUUGCCUUUGACGCUGCUUUCUCCCAUGAUGCAUCACAGGCGGAGGUUUGUGCUGGUACUGUAGCUGAGGUAAUUCAGUCUGUGGUGAAUGGAGCCGACGGCUGCGUCUUCUGUUUUGGCCACUCUAAACUGGGUAAAUCCUACACCAUGAUAGGUGGUGACGAGUCCAUGCAGACCCUGGGGAUCAUCCCCUGUGCCAUCUCCUGGCUCUUCAAACUCAUCAACGAGAGGAAGGAGAAGACAGGAGCACGUUUCUCUGUCCGAGUCUCCGCCGUAGAGGUGUGGGGUAAAGAGGAGAACCUGAAGGACUUGCUAUCUGAAGUGGCGACAGGCAGUUUGCAGGACAGCCAGUCCCCUGGAGUCUACCUCUGCGAGGACCCCAUCUGUGGCAUGCAGCUCCAGAACCAGAGUGAGCUGCGAGCCCCCACGCCAGAGAAAGCAGCCUUCUUCCUGGAUGCAGCCAUAGCAGCUCGCUAUAGCAACAGAGCUGACUCCGACCCGGAGGAGCAUCUCAACUCACACAUGCUGUUCACACUGCACAUCUACCAGUACCGCAUGGAGAAGACUGGCAAGGGAGGGAUGUCAGGAGGUCGCAGUAGGCUCCACCUGAUAGACCUGGGCAGCUGUGUCAAGGUGCUGGGAGGAGGGAAGGGCAGGGACAGCAGUGGUAGUAGCAGCACCACAGCAGCAGGGCUGUGUCUGUCUCUGUCUGCCCUGGGGAACGUCAUCCUGGCUCUGGUCAACGGCAGCAAACACAUCCCUUACAAGGACAGUAAGCUGUCCAUGCUACUGAGAGAGUCGCUGGGCAACAUGAACUGCCGGACUACCAUGAUCGCUCACAUCUCCUCGUCGCCUAGCAACUUCUCUGACACGCUCUCCACGAUCCAGAUCGCCUCGCGCCUCCUCCGCAUGAAGAAGAAGAAGACCAAAGUCAGCAUGCAAUACACGUCCAGUUCGUCAGGGGGUGAGAGUUCGUGUGAGGAGGGGCGUAUGCGUCGCCCCACUCACCUGAGACCGUUCCACUCCCGUAGCUCUGCAGACUCAGACCUGCCCCUGCUGCACCUCUCCAGCGACCCAGACAACUACUCCAGCAGCGAGCAGUCCUGUGACACUGUCAUCUAUGUGGGUCCCAAUGGGGGUGCCAUCUCGGACCGCGAGCUGACCGACAAUGAGGGCCCGCCAGAGUUCGUCCCCGUCAUCCCUGUUUUGCCGACUACGCCACCUCUGCGGCAGCAGCAGACAGUACUCCCCCAGGCUCAGCUUGUCCCUACACAGACACACACCCAGCCCACUACCGAGCCCCUCAACGCCCCCAACCAGCCCCCGCUCCCCCUCCUCCAGCCCCCAUUCCCUCUCCUCCAGCCCCCAUUCCCUCUCCUCCAGCCCCCGCUCCCCCUCCUCCAGCCCCCAUUCCCUCUCCUCCAGCCCCCAUUCCCUCUCCUCCAGCCCCUGGGUCAUCCCCUGCCCCCCGUGCCAGAGGAAGGGGCGGAGUGCCUGAAGUGCAACACCUUCGCUGAGCUGCAGGAGCGUCUGGAGUGUAUCGACGGGAGCGAGGAGUUGGCAAAGUUCCCCUUCGAGGAGGUGCCGGCUAACAGGGGGGCUAAGCCCGACACCCUGGUUCCCCCAGGGUAUGAGAUGGGGUGUAAAGGAGGGGUGGUGGAGGAGGUAGAGCCCCUCAGGAGGAUGUCCAACGACCAGCAGCUCCAGGAGAUCAGGGAGGUGGUGGAGGAGGCAGAACUGGCCCAGACCAUGAUAGAGAGUCUGAGCCUGACCGGCAGCUGCAGUGUGACGGGAAGCAGUGGAGCAGGACAUACCAACACCAACCCUUUACAGAGGGCCAAGAGUGCCAGCCUCCAUGACAGUCGUGAGUCUCUGAGCGCGGGCAGUAGCAGUGAUGGUAAGCCCCGCCCCCUGGGCUCUCCUCGGCUGGGCAUCGCAUCUCUUACCAAGACCUCUGACUACCGACCUCCCUCCUCACCCUCACAGCGCUGCAAGGUCUACACCCAGAAGGGUGUGAUGCCGGGAACGCCCCCUCUGUCCUGCCAGAGUCUGUCUACUGCAGACAGCCUGGCUGCAGACAGUGUGAGGUCCUCUACAGAGUCCCUGCUGCAGCCGAUGUCCCUGUCCAGAACCUCCCCUGCGGGGAUGAGUCCCCGGGACCUCAAACGAACCAACUCCUCGUCUGCUAGCCUGGGGUCGGCUGAGACACUGUGUGAUGAGAAUGUUCCUCAGAUUCCUCUGGAUGGACGCAGGGAUACCCCAGCUCCAGCCCCCAACCCUAGCUCUCUGGGGGAAGACGAGCUGGUGUUCACACUGGGGUGUAAGGAGGGGCUGGAGGUCCGGGGCCUGCUGGAGGGUGGCGGCCGUCCCACCAGCAUCAUUAGCUUCAGCAGCGACUGUUCCCUCACUGCACUGGACUCGGGGUCCCGCCCUAUCUCCAUCAACAGCAGCAUCAGCGAGGACCUGGAGCACUAUGGAAUCAACACUACUGUCGUUGCUACGACCACCAGGGUGAUCCCCAUAACAACCGCCUCGGCGGUGCCUAGCCGACGGUCAUCCAUUUCAUCGUGGCUAAGUGACCUGAGUGUUGUUAGCGACGGAGAUCAGUCUCUGCACAGCUUCAGCCAGUCCCAUGGACACGGGGAGGCUCUGGCCGAACCAGACCCCACACAGGUCCCUCUCUGUGGGGAAAAGGAGCAGGACGAGGCGUCCCUGGGUUAUGGAGGAAGGAAGACUCCUGAGAGUGAAGUAGCAUUGUCUGGAGAUGUAAAAGGGAGGGAGACUAAAGAGAGGCGGAAGAGACUGCCCCCCUCCCUGGGUAAGACCACCAUCUCCCUCUCUGACAUGCAGACCCUGGGGGCCUCCAGCAACUUCCUCCCCUUCAAGACCAACAUUACAGUCCACCCCUGUGUGGCCGUCAAACCCAUGGUCAUACUCUCCUCCCUUACCAAGACUUACCUGCUGCCCAAGGACCCAGCCAAGACUGCCCCAGCCCUGGUCCUGGCCUCCAUGUCCAGCGAGCUCAGCUCUGAUGACCCCUGGAUGAAGAGAGACAGGGUGGACGUGAGGCCCAAGGAGCUGGUGUGUGAGGUGAAGCCAGAGAAGUGGGUGGUGGAUCCACCAGUCAAGACAGACCCAGCUAAGAGCAGCCAGGCCUGGCCCCAGGGUGACAGGGCCAGCAGGGUGGACAGUGGCUAUGGAGGGGACCGUCACAGCUCCAGCAGCGGGGAGGCCAUCUCCUCUCCAGACUCCUGUAAGAGGGUAGUGGACGGCUCUGAGAUGGUGCUGGUCAGUUCUGGGGAGUGUCUGGUGACUCCUGUCUACUCUGCCGACAUUCUGCACACCGCCAGUCUGCCCCGUGGCUGGCACCGGCUCAACCGCCACGACGGCCUGGAUGAGGACCCACUCCGCUACGACGCUAACGGAGGAGGAGGGGAGUACCGAGGUCUGGGGGUCACCUCCUCCACCCCCUGUAGUCCCAGGGCGACCCUGGACCGAAGGGGGUAUUCCGGGAAACAUAGCCUGUUUUCCCGCCAGAAAGGUAUACCACCGCUGCCACCAGUACGCAAGUCCAGUCUGGACCAGAAGAACAGGGCAGAAGGCCCCCUCAGCCCCAUGCACGCAGCCAGCCAUGGCCUCUCCUUCUUGAGGAGUACUCCGGAGGACCUGGGCGUGCCUGGUGGAGGGAAACACAAGGGGUGCAAUGUGGAGAGCAGCAGGUUAUUCAGUGCUAAACUAGAGCAACUGGCUAACAGAACCAACUCUCUGGGUCGGUCCCAUGGAGGUCACAGCUCUCAUGGCCCCCACUACGACUGCCUCUCUUUGGAGAGGGGGGAGGCCCUCAGCUCCUUGGGCUGGAAGGUGUCAGCCGGAGGGGGGAGGGGGGACUGCACCAUGCCCCGUACCGGACGCAGCCUCACCCGUGGCGGCUCAUUGUCAUCCUCCUCCCCUAAUGGGAACGGUUCCGGUAACAGCCCUGGCAGCGCUCCCCAGUCACCCAAGUCGAGCCAGUCCAAGAUCUCAGCGGUCAGCAAGCUCCUGAUGGCCAGCCCUAAGGCCCGCAGCCUGUCGGCCUCCAGCACCAAGAAACUCAGCUUCUCCACCAAGUCUCUGCCCCAGUCUGUCAACCGCAGCUCCAGUCUUCCUCCCAACGGAAAGCCCCAGGCCCAGGGUCAGACCUCCAUCCAGGGUCAGGGACAGAACCAGGCACCCAGCUCUGGAUCCUGGUCCACCCAGUCUCUGAGUCGCAACCGAGGGGGAGGCCUGGCCGCCAAGCUGCCUCUGAGAGCCGUCAACGGACGCAUCUCCGAGCUGCUCCAGGGCAGCGGAGGCUCUCGAUCCGCUGGUCACAACCGAGGAGGAGGCUCCGAGGCUGGGGAGGAGAGGGGCGCUGGAGGGGGUGGAGGUGGUGUCGGGGCACAGGGAGAGGAGAGACCCUUGGUAGUCCACACCCUCCCGUCUCCCUACAGUAAGAUCACAGCGCCCAGGCAGCCGCAUCGCUGCAGCAGUGGUCAUGCCAGUGACAACAGUAGUGUUCUGAGUGGAGAGCUGCCCCCGGCCAUGGGGAAGACAGCCCUGUUCUACCACAGCGGGGGCAGCAGUGGCUAUGAGAGCAUGUUGAGGGACAGCGAGGCCACAGGAAGCACCUCCUCUGCCCAGGACUCUCUGAGCGAACACAGCUCAGCCACCAGCAGCAGCCGCCGCAGCCUCAAGAACAACAAGAAGAAGAACAACAGCACAGGUACCCAGCGUCGUCGUCUGAUUCCCAGCCUGACCCCGGACUCGUCCUCUCCGGUCAGGAAGCCUGCCAUCAGCCCAGGUGCACGCUGGGUAGACGGGCCGCUACGCCCCGCCCCCAGGGGAACCACAGAACCCUUUGAAAUAAAGGUCUACGAGAUAGACGACGUGGAGCGCAUGCAGAGGAGAGAGAGAGGCAACAAGGAGGUGGUUUAUGUCAGUGCUAAGCUGAAGAUCUUGGAAAACAGGCAGCAGCGGAUAUCUGAGGUCCAAGGCAAGUACGACUGGCUGAAGAAAGAGCUGGAACAGACCAAGCAGCAUCUGAUGCUGGAGCCCGAGAAAUGGACCACUGAAUUUGACCUGCAGCAGACGUUUGAGGUGGACUCUCUUGAGUACCUGGAGGCUCUAGAGGUGAUGACAGACAGACUGGAGACCAGGGUCAACUUCUGCAAGGCUCACCUCAUGAUGGUCACCUGCUUCGACGUCACCUGCCGACGCAGGUAGAACUUAGAACGACCAGGCGGACCACACCUCCUCUAGGACUCAUGGGAAGUGGAGACAACACAACAGGAAGAGAGAGGGAUGGAGCAGAGGGAGGGAUUUCCCUGAGGAGGUGCAGAGGCAGAUGGAGACAAAGGCAUGCGGAGACUAAAGAGGAAUAUUUUUUUAAGCAGCGCGGAAGGGAGCGGGAGAAGAGGAGGAGGAAGAAAAGGAGGAGUAGAGAGAGUGUUUUAAAGAAGGAGUAUACCUGAAGAGGAGGAGAGAGAGUGUUUUAAAGCAGGAGUAUACCUGAAGAGGAGGAGGAAGAAAAAGAGGAGUAGAGAGAGUGUUU